UUAUAGAUAACCUGUUCAACGGUGUUGUCACUUGUAGUGAAGUGCAGUGUUUUUUCAAGAAAGAGACUAAAUUUUGAGAUCCUUUGAAAUAUGGCAAUCAAAAUAUGGACGAUCCUACUCUUUGCUCCACUUGUUGGCCUUUGCUUGGGUAAAGCUGCAAGACACUUGACACUAACCAAACCCGUCAUGGAGGCCUUGAAACAGGUCCACCUUGCUGCAACUCACACUAUUAACAAGAGAAGUGCUGUGUCUGAUCGUGAGGUCCCACCUCCAACACCAUCAUAUUUUGGCUGUUUCUUGGGCUCAAAUCUACAGUUGCUCAACAAUACUAUACUUGAUGACAAUACCAACGCUGCCUGCGAAAAGCAUUGUUAUUCCAUGAAACGCAUGUUUUCGGCAACUCACGGUGAUGUAUGCGGUUGCCUGAAAGCAGUUCCAAAAAUGGAAAUAUCUGGUCCAGUUCAUGAAGAAGUGAAAAAAAGAGUGCCAGAUUCCGUUCACGAGUGCCAAACCCCUUGUCCAGGACACAGUACUGAUAAGUGUAGUGAAAAGCAAUUUUGUUGUGGAGGCCAUGGAUCGUACACUGUGUACAAAGUUGGAGGAAUGAGAUUUCAUACUGUUGCUGCUCUGUAAGUCUUACAAGAUUUCAAUGUGGAUUUAGUCAAGUCUGGUUUCGUUUCUGCAUCAAAGAAGACCGAUGCUAGGCAUAAAGUUUUGUCAUCUAGUUUUCAGGAUAAGUCAUUGUGGCCAAAAGAGUGGACAGAUACCGACGAAGACACAGAUUCUAAAGACUAUAAGGAUUUUAUGAAACAAGUGGAGAAAUGGGAGAAAGCACCGGGUAAUGAAUGCUGCUCACCGGGAUGUAAUUGGUUGCUUGACUUUAACGACCUAUAUACUGGCAAUGGCGGCAUAGUGAAAUGCCAUGAUAGCAGCUGAAUUGAUAAUGCCUGGAAAUUAGAAUCGGGAAAUGAAAUCACAAUAAAGAAAAACAUA